AUCAGAUGAUGAGAAUGGGUCAUCAGCUGCACAAAGUCAGGUGUGGUCGGCGGGGAGACAUUCCGACCGGAGCGGAGAUCCAGAUCACUACUCCGGGACCAAAACAACGCCUACCCACCGUCGAACUGUUACCAUGAGCCACCGUUUGAGUACCAAGUACAGCAGAAAGACGAGAGUAAGUGCUACUUUAUUCAUGACUUUAUGUAAAGUUUCUUCGAAAGUGAGAAGUUUUCUGACGUCUUGGUGUCAGCGACAGGCCAGGGUCAGGCCCACUGACCGUCACUCCAGAGUGGCGAGAAAAUCUUUAGGAUAUUACAUUUUACUGCUGUCUGGUAGCACGCCCAAUCAUACAAGACACUAUAUUCAUAGUUUCAUAAAAUGUUGUGUUUGUUUCGUACAAGUAUUCAAUACUCACGUUUAACUCGGGCUCUAUUUCCUAGCGUUUAUGGAAUAGAAACAACGGCGUGUUUUACUAGGAUUUUAGCAGUCAGGAGUCCUGUGUGUAUAGUAAUACAUAGACUAUUUAUCAUCCAUACGCAUUCUUUUUAAUUUUUUAAUGUGUGCCGAAUAGAAAAACGUCCUUCAAAUAGUUAGCACACCUAACUUUAAGGCUUAAGUAAGCGUCAGUGAAUUUAUCUCAAAGAAAUAAGAACAAUUCUUGUGGAGGUUUGGCUUGCUGUGCUCCUAAACCUUGAACGGGUUGGGCAAGGUGAGUGGUUCGUCAGACACAAGUAAACCUCAUUUUUCUACGGCUCACUGUUAGUCGUUUCACCGACAGUUGGUAAGUUUGAAGCCGUUAAUUUGAAUAUUUGAAGUGUUUUUCGUUGAGCUGCGUUUGUCCUUCGGUUGCCUGGUUGACUUAGAGCAACUCUGUAACGUCUCUCCUCGGUGUGCACGAUGAACUACGUUCAAAAUCUCGGUAAAAUGCACUUACUCGCAAAUGAGCACGUUAUCUUUUCCAGUAGUUAGUGAAUCGGGACCUUUUUGUUAACCGGAGAUGUUACUCUUAAAUUCGGCAUCAGUAGACAUUAAAUUAUGUGCCGAAUUAACCUCUAAACAAGUAAAUUGUUGUAUGCUAACACAGCUGUCUUCCAUUACAGGCACAACUUAAUGUCAGGUUAGUCUGAUAUUUCUAUCAAAUGAGAAGCAGUUUUUGGACUCUAUCUAAUCCGAAUUGAAUAGUAUCAAAGUUAAGAUCCGAUAAGACACAGGGCUAUAGAAAUGGGGUUAACCUUUGCCUCUGUAGUUUACAAAUAAUCUAAAAUAAUGAUGUUUUUAAAAAGAUUGGUUUCCCUGUCACUCAUAAGAUCAUGUAGGCUAAUGGUUCUUGAAUAUCUAGGCUAGGUUAAUUACUUUGAAAGUCAGCAGCAGCCUUUCCUGUUUUCAUGGAAAACUGCCCAAAUGUUAACAAGCCUGGCGGCCCUUUUGAGUCCCCCAUUUAACUCAUAGAGUCAGGUUAUGAAAGCAGGAGAGCCUGACUAUCAAGGAGCUUCUGAUGUUGCCACCUUGCUAACCCUGUUAAGUUAAAGGAUGGGGGUGGAUAAAGCAGGAUGAGGAAGUUAUAUUUAGUGACUCAGCUGUUGUUUGAGGAGCAGGGAGGUACUGAAAGGAGGGGCACACUCUGCAUACAGCAAUCAAAACAUUUAUGACCACAAUGAUUGAUUUGCUUUAACUUCGGAUUGUUCCUUCUCCCUCUGUUUUUGUGUAGCACCUUGUAAAGAAGCAAGAAGCGAGAGUCCCUCUCAUGUAACGAAACAGGGAACGGUUGACUAUUCACCCGCCCACCAGAGGAACUGAAGUGGAAAUAAGGGACCCGUUUAAAGAAACCUCAGCAGAUGUGACCACUACUGAACUGGAGUGAAAAAGAGGAACGGCUCAGCGUCUCUCUUAGUCUUAAAAGGGAUGGAGUUAAUGAGUGAGCAGUGGAGGAGCUCAGAGCAGUAACUGGAUUCAUGAUAAAAUGUCAUCUCACCCGUCCAUUUAGCUGUCAGAGGAACAACCACAAACCCCCCCAUCACGCAGGCUUAAAUCUGUGACUUUCAGCAUCUUAAUGCAAAGACUCCUGUGAAAACAUACAUGGGAGAAACAAGGGAGUGUCCACCCUAUCCUGGCACAUUUGGAAAAUCAAUGCAGAUAUCUGUGAGCCCCCUCGAGUUGGAAAUCCCCACAGGAGCGUCACUGGGCUAAACUGGAACUAAGGUGGAAGUAUGCGAUCCUGCUCCACCAUAAAGAAUGAAUCAUUAACACAGAGCUUUACAGAAACACUUCGUUUUCUGCUGGCUGCUGUGGUUUCACUUUGAAAACGGAGGAAAUGAUCUGAACAUUCGCACAGAAACUCAAGGAAAAGUGCAGAUUUCAAACUGGAAAUGUCCUCUUAUCAGCAUGGACAUGCCUGAUUGUUGGACUCGUUCUGCUCUGGGCUCAUAGCAUCGGGAGGUGGGAACAAAAACAAAAGCACUGGGAAGAAUUUCACCUCCUCUUAUGAAACUGAUUUUACUUGGAAAUCCAGUAAGAGGCUGUUCAAAUGGCUGGAAAGGACUACAAUCAUCUCUUUAAACUGCUCAUCAUCGGAGACUCAAGUUAGUGUAUUUUCAUUCAUUUUGAGAGUCUUUGAAGUCAAAAUGUCUUAUUGAUGAGUCCCAGGUGGAUUAUCCCCCUUGAUUUUUUUUAAACAUUGAUGAAACUUUCUUAUGGUUGAAGGUCGAAGUUAUUAGAUUAAAAAAGUUCAGGGAAAAUUGCUCCAGUAAUACAGCAGUCACUAAACUGGCUUUAACAUCUUAUUAUUUGUGCUAAUUUAUAAUGAGGCAAAUAGUAAGAGCCUGAAGUUGUGAUUUAAAGUCAGGAAUCCAAAGGCCCACAGCCUCUUCUUUCUUUGUAGAUGAACAAGUUUUAUUUUAAAUUGCGUGCCUUUUCAUAAAAAUCGUACAAUAUCUUGUAGUAGGUGCUAAAGGUACAUAGCUAUAAAGGUCUACAAAAAUUUAAAUGAGGAAGAACAUUUAAUUUAUGGGACUGCUUUGAAAAAAAAAGGGGAAGUUAUGCCAUCCCUCCAGAUCAGGUUUGAGUGCACUCAGACUUGGUAUAAUUUUUACAAAUAUUUCACAAAGAACGCAGAAGCUGUCGGAAUUGCCGCCAGAGUCUCCAAAGAUUUAAAGUGUUUCCUUGAACGGCUUCCUGUGCAACCUCCCAAAAAGUUGGCUUACUGCUCCAAAAGCAAAUUAACAGAAUUUCAUGGUUGUCAAGUUAUUAAUGGAGCCUUACCAGAUGUAUGAGCCACCAAUGCUGUGGAUACUUCCGCAUCAUAAUGUCAUUACAAUCGCUGUCAUAGAACCGUGUGCUGAUAACACGACUGAUAACAGCCUCUUUGCUGGAGAAACUCACAUGAAACUUAACAUCUCAGUCCACGAUAGAAAAAAUUACAAGGUAAAAUGAUUGUUGUUGACAUUUCUUUCCUUAGAUUUUCAUAUUUAAAACAAUAAGAGUUAUGUGAUUGGGUUAUUGAGUGAAGAUGCCACUGAAAAAAACUGAGCCAUCUGGACAAGUUUCAUCUUGUCAUACAGAAACUAAAUAUAGACUUAUUAUCUUACCUGCGUGGUUUCAAAAGCUUCCUUCAACUCCUCAACUUUUAAUUGUUUGUCUUGACUCUGACAUUUGUCAUCAAAUCUAUGUCUCAGCUGUUCAGACCAGUUUAGAGCUGCUGCUUCACUGAACUACUUCAAGUUUUAACAGCCAUGAAAUUGUUUGAAGGAAGUUUCAAACAAAAGGAAUCACACUUGGAGCAUUGAAACAAACCCUCAGGGUUUUCUAGGGCUUUGUGGGUCUGGGACUUUCUUGGAUUUAUCAAGUCUGACUCACUUACUAGAACUGAUUCUUAUCGACUUCGGAAUGUUUUUGUUAUGAUGUGAGAAGUCUUAGUGAAAAAAGAAAAUCUUGCAGCUCCUUGCUCAGAUGUGAGGAUUUGCUUGCACUUUUAAUCACAGUUUAUGUCUUAAAUUAAGAGUUGAAGGGUUUUAAACUUAGUUGGUUAGUUGUUGGGAAGCUGCAACCUUCGCACAAACUUGAACCUUUAUGUGAAGGUUGCAAAGGCACAAAGUUGCUUGUAAGGAUAUGCAGUAGGGUCAAGGCUCUACAAUGCAAAAGAUGAGCUGAAGCACUGUUUUCACCCUGAAUUUGUCAUCCAAACUGAUUGGAAUCAAUUUCAGACCAACUCCAACGGUUGCACAAUAACCCUCUUCUGAGAUUUUGUCUAUUAAUGAUAAGAGCUCUGCUGCAGACAUUGCUGAGUCAUUUUAGAUCCCCCGUCUUACUGCAGCCUUUGUUUUAGUGGCUUACAGUGAUUGGAUUUCAUUGCACCAGCUCCGUCUCGUCUAGAGUCCAGAUCAAAUUUAGAGUCCAUUGUGUUUAAAAACUACACAUGCUUCAACAAGAAUUCAUUGUUUGUGCGUUGGGUUGCUUGUUUGUCUCAGAGUUCACCUGGAAGAGACUACUAUAGGAAGCUUUCCUCAUUUCAAGUUUUCUGUUCACAUGCAACAGAGCCUCUUGUUCCUGGUUUUACUUGUGGUGAUAUUUAAUGUACAAGCUUAAUUGUAUUAACACUGUUUAAUGCCUUUUGAGUUGGACAAUCCCUUGGAGAGUAUGUCCUAAAUAUUCCUGAUUUCAAGGAGGAAGGAAUUACUCUGUCUGUUUGACCUUAGAGUAAGCAGGACAGAUUUUAUGCUUGUAACUAGAAUUCAUAGUCAUCUGAGGAGAGGUGGUUGGGGUGGUUACAAGUUUCAGUUUCUGAUCACGGUUCCUGUAAGAUUAGCUUUAACAAAGCUAUGUGGCCCACUUCAGUGUUAAAAAUUCCUGCUCACAUUUGUCACUGCUGGACCUCCCCUCUGAAUACCUCUUAUUGUACCAAUGAGAAUGAGGUGUUUCCCUCUUGGCUUGCAGACAUGCAGCCGUUUGUCAUUUUAAGGAAAAGCAAACACAUGAACAUUGCACACCCAAGUUUUGUGUUUCCUUCUCAGGGUGCACAGAAAUCCCUUCAGAUCGAUGGUAAUCUGUAUGUGACUGUAAGAUCUUGUUAGCUAUUUUACAACCUGUUGCUUCCUCAGUCUGGUUUGUCAACUCUCAUUUGAACAAGUUGUCACUGGUUCUUCAUCCUCAGUUUUUACAGGAUUGUGGUCUCAUUAAGUCACAGUGAGAUUUCAGUGGUUGCCCUCCUCCCUCGCUCUUCCUUCUUUUUGUUUUCCUGCUCCUUGUGACAUUACUUAAGUGGAUGGGAUGGUCUUAUCUUCCCUUAAGUAAAUAGCAUCAUAACUGGCCAUUCCUGAUAGGUCACAUUCAUGUCCUCACAGCGAGUUAAACUUAUCGCUUCCUCUGAUCUGUUUCUCUUUCAGAUGUGGGGAAAAGCAGCCUCCUGCUCCGCUUCGCAGACAACUCCUUCUCUGGUGAGUUACCACAGUUUGCAACACCACAGAGUAAGAAAACCAGUGCAUUAUGGGCAGACAUCCUCAGAGAGACACAUUAGGCUUCAUUCUGGCAGAUGUAAAAGCAUUUUAUCAUGUCAGGUCAUGUUAUCUCGGCAGAACUGUUUCUAAACCUGCCAGGAGCUCCAAACAUCUACAUGAUACAACAAUUUGGCAUCAUGCAGAUGUCUGGGAGCAAGGGUGGGUACAUAAAUAUCUGACAUUGAUUAAUUUAUUCAUCUUUAAUGACAAAAAAAUAAAUACUUAAUAUAAUCACAUAUUGAUGCACUGGUUUGAUUUUCAAAAUACAAGUUUUGUAACGUCUUCUAUCCAGAUAUAUUUUUAAAAUAAAGAUUUCUUCUCUUUAGGGACUUUUUUAAUCCUUUUUGCUCUAUGUUUAAUUUCUUGCAAACCCUGUAUACCACAGAGAUUAUUUUUAGAUAUUUUACCUCAUUAUAUCUCUGCUCGGGUUCAAGAGGAGUGAAAUUUAAUUGGAAGUAUUAAUGUGUAUCAUAGUGCACUCAAAAGUGAGCAUGUUUUCAGUCAGUUUGUACUGUGAGUGACCUCACAUGAACACAGUUAUGACCGGUCAUUAUCCUGAUUUCAGAAACUUGUAUUAACCCACUUUCCCUCUCUUUAAAAACAAAUAUUGUAGCAGAAGUUCUCAGAGAGAAAUUGGGAUUCUUUUCAAAUGCAAACAUCUGAUAGUUUCAGCCAAAGUGUGCAGAAAAGAGGAACAAACGUUGUUACAAGAAAGCAUCUGACUACUGAAUCACUUAAGAGAGGAAAAGUUGUUCCAGGUCACCUGCUGUAAAACAGGUCUAGGAAAGCAAGUCAGUUCAGGUCAGAGAGGUUGACUUGACUCAAAUCUACUAUUGUAAUAAAACCUAGUGGUUCUGAUUGAGCAAAUUCAUUAACUAAAUGCGUGGUAAGAGUCACAGUCAUGUCAGUAGUGUAAUGUUUUUUUUUUCUUUUAGUUCAUCCACAUUAAUUUGCGGUUUUCAGGUAAAUUGAUGUCAGAUCUUUUAUUUCAGAAAGGGUGUAUGUCUUGAGCACACUAGGUGUGUGCACAUAGUUUUCCAGAUUGUGUGACUGCAUGCAGGAAUGUGCCAGCGGUGAUAAGUUUCAAAGCGUAUCCUCAGUACAGUUGAACUGAAAUACUCUUAUCCAUGUAAACACACUCCUUCAGACAGUCCUGACCAGAGGUUUCAUCAGCCACAGUAAGAAAAAAACAUCUGUGAGGAUGGACGGACGGACAGAGAGUGUGAACAGACUUUACUUGGCAACGAGGACAUGCAGCUGUUACAGCAGGGAUUAGCUUGAGAAAUGUGAUUUCAAUGAUUCACUGCCCAUCCACAAUCUUCCCUGUGUUUUAAAAAAGAAGCUGCAACAUAUUUGAGAAAAGAAUGCACAUGCAGACUGUUGCUUAACAGGUGCAGGACAAAGUGGAACAUAUGCAUGCAGCAGGAGUGGAUUCUGCAUGAUUCUGAUCCCACAGUAUUUUUACAGUCUGUUACGAAGCAGCAUUUCACCAGUGAGACUUUCAUUGGGCACAAGGCAGCGUUAAAACCAUUACUCUGUAAAUGCAUUCCUCCAAAUGAUUCACAGGCUACUGCAGCAAUGUCAGGGCUGUACAGACACACCUGUGUGUGUUUUUAGGAAACAAUAGAGUCAUUAUCGUAUGACGACAAAUGAAAAUGAAAAUAAAUUCAUUUACAGUCAGACAGGUUUUAAGAUGCUGAAUCUUCCUCAACCAAAUAUAUUUUUCUGUAAGGAAAGAGAGUGAAGAUUUCCCCUCUAGGCUGAUGAACAUAAAUCCACAUGUAUGCGGCGUGGUACUCCUGUGUUACUGGGCAUCUAACACUGACGGUAGCUCGGAAAUGAAUGCUUUGGAUGUGUAAAAUAAUUUCAAGCGACUCUCACAUUAGAUUGGUAAUGUCUAAAAUUCCCAGAUGCAGUUUUAUUGAGUCCAGAGUGACAGAACAUUCCCAGUUUAACCCAUCUUUUUAGCUUUGUCUGAUUUCUUUAGCAAAGAGACUUAACACAACUCACCCUCUCUCUUCCAGCAGCCACUUGUUUGUAGUGAGACCUCUGGGCAAGUCCAUUGACUGCAGUGGGGUGAUACAGGUCAAGGAAGAACAUUUAUGAUCAUUUCUUGAAGUCAUAAUCAUCAUAUUAAUCACUUUGCACUGCAGACGCGGUAGUUCUUCUGCCUAAGCGUCUUGGUCUGAUUGUAUUUCCAUGAGGAAAUGAUCAUAAAUGUUCUUCCUUGAGCUGCGUCACCCCGCUGCAGUCGAUCGACUCGCCCGGAGGUCUCCAUACAAACAAGCGGCUGCUGGAAGAGAGUAGGUGAGUUGUGUUUAGUCUCUUUGUUAAAGAAAUUAGGGAAAGUUAAAAAGAUGUUUGUUGGAUAGUGCUGUGGCUGGGACCCUAUAUGUGCUGUGACAUUUAUUAGGUAGUAAUUUUGAUCUUUUGUUUUCCAUAGAUAUAACUUUGAUUGCAGUUGAGUACGGAGAAUUAAUGCAAAUUUUGAGGUUGGUUCUUUUGACAGCUCCCACUUUUUCAAGGCAGGAAGAGCAGCAGCAAAGACCCCUGGGGUAUAGAUCAGAGCAGGCAGUAUGGACUAUACAUAAGACACUGGUAAAAUCAGACUGCAUAAAAAGGGGAAGGGUGGAGGCAGUUUGUAGAGAGAGCUGCAAAAGAAGGCAGGCUGAAGUAGUUUUGUUUUGCCAAACUUACAUUUUUAGACAGUGCUACAAGAUAACAUGCUCUUAGUCUGACUCUCAAUCUGAUAAAAAUGUAGACUUGUAGUUGCCUGUAUUUGUCAGGACAGCUUUAAGGAAACUAAAAUUGGGGGAGAGUGUGGGACAACUUGCACCAGAUCCUUUUGAGAAUGGUUAUUAAUCCUGCAACCAGCUGGACAAGGACUGGAGCCUCUGUACAAGAGGCACUUACUCUAUCAGCUGAGCUAAACCUGCAGCCCACAGAGAGUCUGUUCUGUCCAUAAUUCUUACUUUUGGCGCUCUCUGUCUUCUCCAGGCAGCUACAUCACCACCAUCGGUGUUGACUUCAAGAUCCGGACUGUAGACAUCGAUGGAGAGCGGGUCAAGCUGCAGAUCUGGGACACCGCAGGGCAGGAGCGCUUCAGGACCAUCACAUCGACGUAAAGACACACACACAAUAAAGCAGGCUCUAUUUUCCCAGCUUUCUGUUUCAGUCUGGAGUGCAUGACUGACUUUUCUCUACUUCUGUCUCCAGGUACUAUAGAAACACUCACGGAGUCAUCAUCGUGUAUGAUGUGACAAAUCCAGAGUCAUUUGUAAAUGUAAAGAGGUGGUUAAAUGAAAUAUCCCAGAACUGUGACAACGUCUGCAAAAUACUUGGUGAGUCAGCUGCAUGUAAAAACAAAACUCUGUGUUUUUUUAAACCUGAGGGCCUUUUUAAAAUCACACUUUUUGGUUUAAAUGACGAAUAGGGACUUUUUAGUUUCAGAAUUACUUCAGUCCAGAAGAUUGCUUCAUCCAGCAGCCAUGAAACUCUCUGUAAUAGCAAACAGCUUGCAUGCUCUCCGUUGGAUAACAGUCAUUUUAAGUUAUUGUUUCAUCUCUACUGACUCCUCCUGUUACUUUUAAUACCUGACAACAUUACAAAAAGUUUAUUUAGUUUGAUGUAGGGCUCAGUUUCUUCCUUCUCAGUCUUUUUAUGAACUGGGAACCAAAAACUAGGCUAAGUUUCAGUGUUAAAGUUACUUUAUGAAGAUGAUUAAUAAACACAUUGCACUUGGACUGUCUUGAAAUGGUAACAUUAAAGUAAAUGUUUCGAUCUCAGUUGGAAACAAGAAUGACGACCCUGCCAGGAAACAGGUGGACACUCAGGACGCGAUGCGUUUUGGAGAGACAGUAGGGGUUCGGGUAUUUGAGACCAGUGCCAAAGAGAACAUUAACGUUGAAGAGGUAAUGUCAGUUCAUUUGUUUGUCUUUCUUGUAAUCUGGUCUUGUUAAAGCUGUUUAUGGUCAUUGGUUUAAUUCUUAUUUAAAACCAAUUUUCCUGCUUAUCAUUUUUAAUCAUUUGAUGGCAAGAAUCCAAAAACUGUCGAAACAGGUUUUUCUGUUCUCAAAAGACCGAGUUUUCAGAUUAGAUUUUGAUGAUCAAUGUGCCCCUCAGAUGUUCAUGGCCUUCACCCGCAUGGUCCUGCGGGCCAAGAAGCAGAGCCAGAACAGAGCGGAGAGGGAACGAGAGCAGAAAGACACGGUCAUCAUCAACGCUCAUCGAGACCGAGACCGCAGGAAGAGAGGGAAGAAGUGCUGCUGAGACCCGCACAGACACCAAAGCAACUCAUCGCCCAUUGCUUGCAGAAAAAAAAAGCAUCGAAACAAGACUGGGAAACUGUGCCUUAGGAGAUAAGUGUUUCAUCCUGCAGACAUGAAUGUUAAAAUCUGUGCAGUUCACCGUUGACCGUGCAGAGUUCGAGCUCCACAGGCUGCAGGGAGGUGUGCUUUAGUGUGAGUGUGAAUGAAAGAGAGGACACAGGGAUGAACAGACUGUCUGCACUGACUCAUGGAGCAGCCUGGAGGUUACGCAUGUUAAAGGAUCAUUCCGGCGUUUUUGAAAUUUCAAUGCACUCUGUAGUGUUCUGGUAUAGGGAGCCAAAUCUUGCAAAUACUAACCGUGACAUGAUGUGUUAAUAUCUAAGAUAACUAAAUGAUUUAACCUGACAUUUUCUACUCCCUGCUGUACCAACAUUAGGUUGAAAUUUCCCAGGUUUUUUUUUGCCAGUCUUCUUUUUUCUUUAAGAAAUCAUCUAAAAUGUUUAUUUCAUGGAUUCGUUUUUUGCUGUCCAUUAGUUUACUGUCAUUGGGGUGUUUAUAUCAUCUCGGUAGCAGUCUGUUGAGAACAUCUUUUUUGGACAAUCCACAAACAAUUUGAAAAAAUAGGUGAAAAGUCAGAAUUCAGUUUCCACAAAUCUGGUGGCACUCCUGGGUCAGAGCAGUCAUGUCGUUACCUAACUAGUUAACACCUCUGCAGGUUGUUUUGGAUGAUACAGAAAGAGAAGAGAUGCUCCUUUUUAGGAUGAUUUAAGGUCAGGAACACAACAAUCUGCGUUGAAAUACAGCGGUGGAAUAUUUAGUGUCUUACAUUUACAUUCUGCUGAAUGAGGGAUCCUAAAACAUCGGAAUGGUCCUUUAACUUUGCACUAGUGAACCACUGUUAUGUUUUAAUUUCUUUGUCUUUUUUUAAUCCUGUCAAAUAUUUUACCACUGAAAGGGAAGCUGGUUGCAGUUCUUACUAAACCAUAACUGUGAGCCACUAACAGGUGUGACGAUGAUGAUGAGUGCGGUCCUGUCCUGUUUGCCUUACUUUAAUUUAAAUGAGGCCAAUAAUCCAAAACUCCAAAUGUUCAUUAUUAAGAUGUCUUUUUUUAAUGUAAAUCUGUUGCCUAGCAAAAGUGUCAAAAUACAAAUAAAGCAAUAAAUCCAGAUUUAUUAGUUGUUUGUGUUAUUUACCCAAACAGGCCGGAGCUGCUCAUGUUGAACAACAAACAGGGCAAUCAGAUUUAAUCAAGCGACUUGAUCUUUACACAGCAAGAGGGAUUUUUGUCUGGUAAUGAGCUGAGCCAACAAAACCUCACUAAAGAAUGAGAAACUGACUUAAAUGUGCAUCAAGAAUCGGCCUAUUUUUAAAAAAAUGUAUGGAGUUAUAAAAAACAUAUAGUAUACUGUAGAUAUCUACUGUAUACUAUAUACUGUAGGCUGCUGCUCUUCACGCCGACAGGAAGCUUGAUCACGUAAUGUGUACUGUUGUUUAUUCUACCAUUACUGGCAGGGCUAACAGUGUAGCAAGGCUAAUGGCAGGUGGCUAACUCUAACUUUAGCUUGCAUAUUACAUGGUGCUUCACCGUUAACUCAGUUUGACUGA